AUCACAUGACAAUAUAAGAAAAAUCGACAAGCAUUUGUAUAUAUAAUUUCUAAAAGGAAGGGACUGCAAAGAACUGUACCCACCAACCCACUAAGGUCAAAAUUGUUGCUCUCCGUGGUUCUGGAUCCGACGUCUUGCAUCUGUGCGAUCUCUCGAAAUGGGUAAACUCGCUUGAAAGAUCAAGCUCCCUGGUUUCUUUUGACUUUAUUACGAUUACUUGCUGCUUGUAGGUUUUGGUUGUUUGAUUCAUUUGAUCCAUCUGUGAUAUUCUAGUGAGCGAAAACCCUUUCAAUCGGAUACUGAAGGCACUCGAGAAGCCUGGUGGUGGUCAAUUCGGAAUGUACUACAGCUUGCCAGCUCUUGAUGAUCCUCGAAUUGGCAAGUGUUUUUAUUUUCUUCUUUCUUUUCCCUCUUCUAGUCUGUGAUUAGAGUUUUGGAUUUGAUGAGGACUGGGAAAAGUGACGAAUCUUUCCCGAGUGAUGUGACGAAAAAGAUCUGAACUUUGUUUAGAAAUGAAACUCCUUCCCUAUUACAUUCUCGUUGAACUUUUGGCCAAAACGUAUACAAGAUCCAUUUCUGGAAAAGAUGCAGCAGCUGCUUUUUCUAGGCUUUAAUCCUGUGGCGAUGGUGGUGGGGGUGGCAACUGUUGUUGAUGGCUGUACCUGGAAGAUUUUAGAUUUAAAGCACUUUUCAGUUUAAAAAAUCGCCCUUUUUGUAUUUUCUGUUAACAUUCGUAACUUUCGAAAUUUGGUGAGUUCUUGCGGAAAUCAUUGAGCUUUUGGCUUGUGGGGACGGUGUCGUGACUGUCUGUGAUGCAGAUAAGCUGCCAUAUUCGAUCAGGAUCCUUCUAGAAUCAGCCAUUCGUAACUGCGAUGAGUUCCAGGUUAAGAGUAAUGAUGUGGAGAAAAUCAUUGACUGGCAGAACACUGCCCCAAAACUUGUUGAAAUACCAUUCAAGCCUGCUAGAGUACUGCUUCAGGUGACUGGCUAGCUUCGGCCUUUCAAGUAAUUUUUUUCCCAAGUGUUUUCGUUCGGGGAAGUUUUGAUGAUCAAAGUUUUGGUUUUGCGUUCAGGAUUUUACUGGUGUUCCUGCUGUUGUUGAUCUUGCAUGUAUGCGUGAUGCCAUGAACAAUCUUGGAGGAGAUUCGAGCAAAAUUAACCCAUUGGUUCCAGUUGAUCUUGUCAUUGAUCACUCGGUUCAGGUGGAUGUGGCAAGGUCGGAAAAUGCAGUGCAGUCAAACAUGGAACUCGAGUUUCAAAGAAACAAAGAAAGAUUUGCUUUUCUCAAGUGGGGUUCAAGCGCAUUUGACAACAUGCUUGUUGUUCCUCCUGGAUCUGGUAUAGUCCACCAGGUAAAUUUGGAAUACCUUGGGAGAGUUGUGUUCAACACCAAUGGCUUGCUUUACCCUGAUAGUGUUGUCGGGACAGAUUCACAUACAACAAUGAUAGAUGGUCUGGGUGUUGCUGGCUGGGGAGUUGGUGGGAUUGAAGCUGAAGCCACAAUGCUUGGCCAGCCCAUGAGCAUGGUCCUCCCGGGUGUUGUUGGAUUUAAGCUGUCAGGAAAGCUAAGAAAUGGUGUCACAGCCACUGACUUGGUUUUGACAGUGACUCAGAUGCUAAGGAGGCACGGGGUUGUUGGCAAGUUUGUAGAGUUCUAUGGUGAAGGCAUGAGCGAACUGUCAUUGGCUGACCGUGCCACCAUUGCCAACAUGUCUCCUGAAUAUGGUGCCACAAUGGGAUUCUUUCCUGUGGAUCAUGUCACACUACAAUACCUAAGACUGACUGGCAGAAGUGAUGAAACUGUAGCUAUGAUUGAGUCAUACUUGAGGGCGAACAAAAUGUUUGUGGACUACACUGAGCCACAGACAGAGAGAGUUUAUUCUGCUUAUCUAGAAUUGCAGCUGGAGGAAGUAGAGCCCUGCAUAUCCGGGCCUAAGAGGCCACAUGAUCGUGUUCCUUUGAAAGAAAUGAAAUCUGAUUGGCAUUCGUGCUUGGACAGUAGAGUGGGAUUUAAGGGUUUUGCUGUACCAAAGGAAGCUCAGAGCAAGGUUGCAGAGUUCGAUUAUCUUGGCACCAGUGCACAACUUAGACACGGGGAUGUUGUUAUAGCAGCUAUUACAAGUUGCACAAACACCUCGAACCCUAGUGUAAUGCUUGGAGCUGCACUGGUUGCAAAGAAAGCUUGUGAGCUAGGAUUGGAGGUUAAACCAUGGAUUAAGACAAGUCUUGCUCCAGGAUCUGGUGUUGUCACGAAGUACCUACAGAAGAGUGGCUUGCAGAAGUAUUUGAAUCAGCUUGGGUUUCACAUUGUUGGGUAUGGAUGCACAACUUGCAUUGGCAAUUCAGGAGAUAUUCAUGAAGCAGUAGCAGCAGCUAUUACAGAAAAUGAUUUGGUGGCUGCUGCUGUAUUAUCUGGGAACAGGAAUUUUGAGGGUAGGGUGCAUCCAUUAACGAGGGCCAAUUAUUUAGCUUCCCCUCCGCUUGUCGUUGCAUAUGCUCUUGCUGGAACAGUUGACAUUGACUUCGAAACUGAACCAAUUGGCAUAGGAAAAGAUGGGAAAGAGAUAUUUUUCAGAGAAAUAUGGCCCUCUACUGAAGAAGUUGCUGAAGUUGUACAGUCAAACGUGCUGCCUGAUAUGUUUAAGGCUACUUACCAAGCAAUCACCAAAGGAAACCCAAUGUGGAAUGACUUAUCAGUAUCUGCACAGAGUCUCUAUGCAUGGGAACCAACAUCAACAUACAUUCACGAACCACCUUACUUCAAGGGCAUGACCAUGUCUCCUCCUGGUCCUUACUGCGUGAAAGAUGCUUACUGCUUGCUCAGUUUUGGAGACAGCAUUACCACAGAUCACAUUUCCCCUGCUGGUAGCAUUCACAAAGACAGCCCGGCAGCUAAGUAUCUUAUGGAACGUGGGGUUGAUCGAAGAGACUUCAAUUCUUAUGGCAGCCGACGUGGUAACGAUGAGGUGAUGGCUAGGGGCACAUUCGCGAAUAUUCGCAUCGUCAACAAAUUCUUAGGUGGAGAAGUUGGUCCCAAGACCAUCCAUAUUCCCUCUGCAGAGAAACUUUCCGUCUUUGAUGCUGCCAUGAGGUACAAGAGUGAAGGGCAGGACACGAUCAUUUUGGCUGGUGCAGAGUAUGGAAGUGGAAGUUCUCGUGAUUGGGCGGCAAAGGGUCCAAUGCUUCUGGGUGUGAAAGCUGUAAUUGCAAAGAGCUUUGAGAGGAUUCAUCGCAGCAACUUGGUGGGGAUGGGUAUCAUCCCAAUGUGCUUCAAGACGGGAGAGGACACAGAGACACUUGGCUUGACUGGCCAUGAACGCUUCACCAUCGAUCUCCCGAGCAGCAUCAGUGAGAUCAGACCUGGUCAAGAUGUGAAGGUGACAACAGAUAAUGGCAAGUCUUUCACCUGCACAUUGCGUUUUGAUACAGAGGUGGAACUUGAAUAUUUCAACCAUGGAGGCAUCCUGCAGUACGUGAUCAGGAACUUGAUUGGCUCCAAUCAGUGAAAUGAAUGGGAUGGUCAUUUCCAACAGCAAAAUGGAAGGCUAAUUUCGCUACUGUGGCGAGAGUGAGCAUUGCAUGCUUGCUUGGGCUGUUGGUUGUCCAUUGAAGUCAGCUGUUUUCUUCUACAUUUGGCCCCAUAGUGGAAUGGACAUGCUUGGGGUGUUGGUUCAACGAACAAUGCUGUUUCUAUUCAUAAAAAAAAAAGCUGUUUCUCAAUGUAAUAAAUAUCAAUAAACUAAUAGACGGAUGUUAGAUUUCUGUUGACUGCUUGAAUGUUGAAGAAGAGAAUAUUAUCCUCUUUUAUAUCGGGACAGAGAGCCCCUACAUACAUUCCUUGCCUACAUUGAAUGUCAAGUUCGGAACUUUUUUUUCUGAUAGAACACGCCGGUUUGGCUAAUAUGAGUAAUUGCUUUUGGCUCAAAUAUUUUGAAUGAUAAUACGCGAAAACAGACUUUUCCUUUUAACAUUAAUAAUACUCAGUUAACAUAAUAAUUUACAUAUUUUUCAAUUGAUUAAUAUUUUAAGUUCAAGCUAUCAAUUUUUAUUUACAAAUUUGUGUUGCUAGCGUAGAAUUCAAACCAAGUUAUUCUAAUAUUUACUCAAUCUCGACCGAUGAACUAAAAAGUCAUAAAUUAAGUGUUAAUCACAUGAUAAUAUUAAGGGUUAAUACUACUAGGAAACCCAAACUAUUAAAAAAGUAUCAUUUUGUGUACCAAACUAUUCAAUAUGACAUUUAUGUCCCAACGUAUGAUAGAUUGAUAGUUGUGUGUCAUUUGUGUUCUGAUGAUUUUGUUGACCGUAAUAAAUUACGGUUGAUAAGACGGUGGUCAACUUAAUGUUGAUUUUUGUUGACGUGGCAAAAACAUGAAAGUCACGUAGAUGCCACGUCAUUGACACAUAAUUUUUUUAAUUUAAAAUUAAAUAGAAACUAAAAUUAAGAAAUUAAAAAAAAUGCGUACGGCGAUUCCGAGGAAGACAACCUCCAACUUCUCCAGGUUCUGCCGCCGGAGAACGAAAUUCAGACUUUCUCACCAAUCUCCGGCAGCUUGGUAAGCCUCAGACUUCCUCAUUAAUCUCCGGCUAACUCGCUACAAUCAACGUCGUCUUCUCCGGCAGCGCUCCCAGCUCCAAUAAGCAUCUUCUCAAGACGUUCCCAACUUGCUAGUCGCCUGGUCCAUUCCUCCUUCGGCGAAGAAUUCUCACUUUGUUCGUCUCUCUCUCUCUCUCUCUCUCUCUCUCUCUCUCUCUAUAUAUAUAUAUAUAUAUAUACUCGUGGCUCGUAAGCUGACUCACUCCGACUAUCACACUAAAAUCUCACCUAAGGGCCAAGUAUAAACCUUAGAUGGGUGCAAUAUAUGACAAGUAUGUUUAAAUAUCGAUCCGGGCCGGCCCAUGUACCCCUACUUCGAUUGUUUGAAACAUUAUCUAGCGGAUUGUUGUUUUGAGAAAAUCUCUACAAUCUACUAUUGAAAAGCAAGACUUAAAAAGUAAAGUGGAGGAAAACUAUUGGUGAGAAACUUCUCUUGGGUGUUGCUUCCCCCUAACCAACUACCAUGAAUCGUGGGAUCGAAUGAAAUGGUGUGUACCAAGGCAAUUGCGACCCGUAGGAGGUGCAACAAUGGUUAGAAACCAUCUCUCAAUUGCUAGGCCAAGGGAAACAUUAGGGGCUACAAUUGUAGCCCUCUUGGCCCAAUCAAUUGAGGUUGACUUACCUUCUCCCUCAAACCAAGGUUUGGACGACAUAAUCAUAGUUAACCUAGGUGUCUAAUCCAAGUUAGAGGUUUGCCCUUCAUUAACCUAGUUAGGACUUAGUAGGCACGGAAUGCCUAAGAAAACCCAGAUUGAUUUGAGCCUCUUAAUAUAAGGGGGCUUCUCUCUAAACUUGGUUAGAAUGGCACAAUAGAUUGCCAAGCACAAAAAAUGCACAAUCACCAUGAAAAAUACCUCAAUACUUAAAUAAAACACUACCAUCAAAUAAUCAUUCAAUCCACACAAUCCGUUACAUGGUAAAAGUUAGGGUUCUACAACACUCAAGUGAAAAGGGAAACUACUCCAUGCUAGACAAUGGAAGAACACAAAAGAGGAAGAAAGAAACCAUCAUUGUGAUGCCUCCAACUAUCCUUGUGCUUGUAGAGAUCCUCCUUGGAAGAGUAACUUCCAAAAUCUUCACAUGGACCAAACCCUAGCAUCUUCUCCCCCUUGGUUCGUGACUUUCUCUCUCUAGUGUUUCAAGAAGAAGAGGCUUUCACUCACUUUUGGCUCUCCCUCUUCUUCCUUUCAGCUCUCAUUAUGUACUGAGAUCGCGCCCAGUUCACGGCUGUGAAUAUCAGGACGCGUCCGUGAACUGUGAGCAAAACGCGUCGCUUCACUUCUGGUCUUCACGGUCCAUUGCCCCAGUUCACUGUCUUAGCAAUCUUGAACUGCCUUGGCGUUAGUAACCUCUGAACCCCCUCUGGACGCUUCGCGGUUCACGGUUUGUGGUUCCACUUCACGGCAAGGUCCAUGAAACAGUACCGGAAGUCAUACCGGAUUCGUCUAUGGUAGGGUAUUUUGUGGUACAACCGUGUUUCAACCGUUUUGUAACGCUAAAAUACCGUUUUUAAAAUAAAAAAAAUAAUUUUUUAUAAUUAUACAGUACCGAAAAAAUCAUAGUACCGUUCCGGAAUAAUACCGGAAUAAAACCGAGAUAUACCGGAUAACAAGUUGUAAAUUAUUAAAUACCUACAACCGUCAACAACGUGCAACAUUACAAUUAUACACACUUCAACAAAUAUAUACACUUAAUGCUAAGAGUAAAAAGUUUGAAGACUGAUUUGUAUUUUUCUAUUUAUUAAAUUAUAAUAAUUUACCUUUAGUAUAUAUAAUUAUAAUAAUUAAAACAUUAGAAACUAACCCUUAACCUAACAAUUAACAACCGACCCUAUCUCAUUCUCUCCCCGUUCCCGCCGCUCCGCCUCCCUCUCUCUAAUCAAACUCUCCCCAAAAAAUAAUCAGGCUCCGUCUCUCUCUCUCCCAACCCCCCCCCCCCCCCCCCCCCCGACGUUCUUUCAUCUCUCUGCCGCGACCUUCCAUCUCUCCGCCGCGACCUUCUCGAAUCAGCUCGACAUGGAUCUUGAACGACAAACAACAAGAAGAAUGAAUCGGGAGAGGAAAAACGGAGAAUCCUUGUCGUUGCUUCCUCCGGGAAGACAAACAACGAAUCGACGAACGGUAAGGAACAACGAAUCGACAAACGAUGAUAAUAGUGGACCAGAUCUCCAGGGAGGAAGACGAAGAGCAGGUGAAAAGAAGGGGCUUGACUUUGGAAUCUUUUUUCGUUGGGCGCGGCUAUAUCCGAUUGUCGACGAGAAUGAAGAGUUAGGAUUUUGGAAAUCCAAAAUCUGUUAUUUUUGAAUUUCUCUUCUUAAUUUUCUUCCAAUAAUAGGACAGAGUUCUGUUUAAGUGGGUUGAUUUUUCGUUGUAAUUAAAGAAUCGGCGGUUGAAUCAAAACCGACCGGUAUUUCUCUGGAAGCCGGUUCGACCACAAAUACCGGCCGGUACGACAAUUUCUCUGCACUUCAGGUAUCGUUCCGGAUUUGGCCCUAUUUCCGGUUUUACCGGUUCAACCGCUCGGUCCGAUCCGGUUUCCUGGGCCAUGCUUCACGGUCCUGGCGACCGUGAACUGUGGCUGAAAACUCCUCUUUGCCCGGUCCUUGCUCCUUUUCUUCCAACGUUCGACUCCGGGAUUGGUUUCACCUGUUAGACUCUGAAACACAUUGAAACACAAGAAACCUAGCGUAAAAUCAAUCUUUUUGGAGCUCAAUUGCCACAACCGUCUAAGAGAAACGGGGAUAAAAAUUGUACAAUUAGACCCGAAUCAUAAGCCAUGAAUGGCGCCCAAAACUCUAAUCCCUAAUUUUAGUUCGUAGAAAACCAUGGAACCGAAUUCAUCAGUGAAUGAAGAUGGCUGCGAGAAAACCCCGGAUUCCUCAGUGACGACGCUCUCUCGACCAACAACUAGACCUCCUCGUCGGCCUUCAUAAAUUAUUUUAUAUAAAUUGGGUAGUUAAAUGGAUUUUAUUCAAUUAAUUAAAUAUUUCAAAUUAUUGUUUGGAGCUUGUUGGUUGUGAUUUUGAAUCUUAAUAGUGAUUAUUUACAUGUUUAUUUAUUCUUAACUAGAUUUAAAAUUUAUAUUUUAAAAAAAAAUUAAGCAAUUAACAUUGCAAGUGUCAAUGUCUUCAUAAUUGAGAUGUUUUUUUAUUCUUCUAAAUUCGAGAAUUGUGAUAUAGCAAUUAUGUUGUAGCUUAUUGUGAGAACUUACAUAGGAAAAGUUUUAUCAUAGAUAAAAUUAUUAUUUCAUGAGAACCCAUGUCACAUGGGAUCAAAUCGAAAGUCUUUUAAUAUUUUUAAAAUUUUGCAUGGCUAUAAAACAAAUAUUAUUAUAAAUAGUUCAGAAACAAUUAGUAUUAUUGUUUGGAUGUGUAAGCAAAUAUUUUGGCGUAAAUAGUAUACCGUUAUUAUUAUUUGGAAAAUUAAACAAUUCUUAUGGUUCUAGAUGAUACCUAGUGAUAACUAAUAACUUCAAAUAAUAACAAUAAAUUGACUUUUUCUCUUGUCUCUCAUCCAUAUCUUCACAGAUCUACAGUCUCUAUAACACGCUGAAUCUUUGUCCGAUGAAAACAUUGUCCGUUUUAGGCCUUGAUCCUGACGGUUUUGGAAUUGGGGUGUAAUUCAGAUGACUUCCUAUAAGGUCACCCAUCAUUGUGGUACUCCACAUUGAGCACGUUUAACUUUAGAGUUCUUGAUUCGGUCCAAAUUGUACACAUUUUUUACCCCUCAUUUCUUGAUAGUUUGACUUUGCAUUUCAUCGUCCCUCGACCUAUUUUACGCUAGGUUGUGCUUUUUUUGUUGUAUUUCAGGUCCUAGUACGUGUGGGAAGGUCGAUGACAAGUUUCGGGGCGAUUGGAGGUCGAAAAUGCCAAAAAGUGAAGGAAAGUCCUGAUUCGGGUCUAAUUGUACACAUUUUAUCCCCGUUUUGCUUAGACGUUUGAUGCAUUUGUACUCUUUGAGGCGUGAUUUUACGCCAAGUUGCACUUUGUUUGAGUAUGUUUCAGAUCCUAGUAGGUGAAACUGACCUCGGAAUCGAAAGUGAGACGUAAAGGAGCGAAAAUGAGUCAAAGGGUGGAAGCAGUUGAGGAUCACGAUGGAUGAUGAGUUUUCACGGUCUUAUGGACCGUGAAAAGGGCGCCCAAGCCGUGAAGCGCUGAAGUUCCAGAAGCAAAAUGCACACCUCACUGGAUCCCAGUCAGUUCACGGUCGCAAGACCGUGAAGCGCCAAAGAGUCUAGAAGCAAAAUGUACACCUCACUGGAUCCUAGUCAGUUCACGGUCGUAAGACCGCGAAAUCAUGCCCCAGACCGUGAACAGACUAAGUGAAAAUGGUGCGGAUUUGCUCGACAUCACGAUCCAGGAAGGAUGUUCACGGUCCAGGAAGGAUGUUCUCGACAUCACAGUCAAACAUUUAUUCCGUCAGCAACCCUGUAUGUAGUGCUGAGCUAAGAGUGAUGUGGCUUCCUUGUCACUUUGUUUUUUUUGCCAUAGAUAGAUUGUUAAUAGAUAGGACAUUACAAAUUGUUGAAAAGUAAAAGCGGUAGUCAACCUUGUGUUGAGCUAACGAUGCAAGGGCCGUUUUAGUCAGCAAUGGGUAGCCUUGUUAGUAUGACUAGGAGCAUAAAUAAACGAAUAAUGCAAAUGAAGUCUUCAUGCGACAAACUUCUUGAAGGACCAAAUUGUUUUUUCUUGAAGAACAAGAUCGUUGAGGACAAACCUCACAUCUCCAAUAGAUCGAGUUCCAAUUGGACAACAGUAGAGUUUAUGUUCAAGCUAUCCCGCAGAAGAAAAAAAAAAAAAACACAUAAACAAACCCCUAAAGGGACAAAACAAUGUUCAAGUACCAUCGGGCCUCCACCAGAAAUGCUCUACAAGCCAUAUGAACUACUCCACCUGAAAGACGGGGAAAAAAGCAGCUAAGCAAACCUAGCUAAACAUAGCAAGCAUCAGACUGUCAUGGCAAGAGGGGAUAAGACAAAGCCAUGUGUCCUCCUCUGGUGCUUCAUCAAGAAGGAUACAAAGUGAAGCGGUACAUCUAAAGUGGAGAGUGAAAGACAACAAAAAUACGUCAAGAAUCAACAGAAACAACCAAAAAGUUUUAACAAUACUAGCCUCAUGACUAAUUAUUAAGAAACUCCGACACUAAAACAAUAACACAAUUUCUUGUGCAAACUUAUAAUAAGGAUCAUUUGACACUCAUCUAAUAAAAAUUCAAAUAAAACAACAAUAUAAGA